CAACGUCAUCUUUCGUAAAAGAGCCGCCAAAGAUCGAUGUCAUAAAAGAUAACUUAUUGACGUCAGAUCAAGACGGAGGGAUAGACGAAACACGAAUUAUUUCUUAUCAAGCAGCUAUUGAUGAUCUUUUGCGAUCAGGACGAUCUGACGUUCCAACAAAUGUUUUACUGGCAAUGAAAUCGAUUGUAAUCGCAUGCAAAAGCAUCACAGAAGACGUCGAAUCUUACGAACAACGAAAAUUAGCAUCAUUAAAACCAGAGGAUAAGGAAAAACUCUAUUCCCUAAAAACUAAGCUUUCAGCCACCCUAACGAAUCUUAUGACGGCAGCCAAAAAUCAUGCGACCGGUUAUGGAAUCUCUCCGGUCAGUUUACUUGAUGCAGCGGCAAGUCAUCUGACGGAGACAAUAGUAAAACUAGUAAAACUUAUCAAACUUCGGCGUCUCGAUGAUAAUAACGAUAACGAAGAAUUCAAAAAGUUGAAUAAUAACAACAUGUUGUCUGUAGAAAAUAUGAGUAGCUCGUCAUUUGGUAGUCGGAGUCCUACGCCGGUAUCACCACCACUGCGUUCUCAAAGUAACAACAAAAGUGACGCAAUAACCGAUAUUAACAUUGAAUUACAGGCAGAUACGCUGCUUAACGGUCGGACUGUUGAAAUAGAGGAUGCCAAAAAAUUCCUUGAAAUGAAAAUGGAAACAAUAGUGCAAUCGAUUCAAACCCUUCUCUCAGCCAUUCGCAAUAACUUUCACAGCGAUGAUAGUAUUCAAGAUAACAUCAACACCAUCACUUCUAUUGUAUCCCAAGUUAUUGCCGAAUGUCGAGCCGCUUUCUCGUCGCCGUCAGGGACAAGUUAUAAAGAGCAAGGCGAAAUAAUACUGAUUUCUCUAGAGUCUAGUAUAUCAUCUUUGGAGGAGAUUCGUUCGACUAUUAAAACAAACAUUGAAGAAUUCAGAACAAAUAAAUCUCAUAAGCAACUUCUGGCAAAGGCUUCUUUUCAAAUUGCUAAAUCUACAAAAGAUCUUGUCGGAUUAAUGGAGUAG